AUUUCAAUCAUCCUCCUCCUAUCCACCCUUACCAUCAAUAUGGCUGUUCGUAGUGUUGUUGUUGUGGUGAACAACUUCACUAGCAAUGAGCUGAAGCGAAUUUCAGUUGAUAUGGUACAUGGCAUCUUGACACCCAAUAACCCGCCCCCAGAGACCAUCUCGGCGAAUGGACCAGGAAGUUUCGAAGUUGAGUCCCAGGGCGCAGCGACCGGCGUGGAAGGAACUAUAAAAUACAAGAUUGAUGAUUCGACAGACCUCAUCAUCUACAUCGACAAUCCAUUCAUCGGCUCAAACUCAUACAAUGUCACAACAACUGGAAGCGAUGAAUAUGAGGCUCCAUAUGUUGGGGGCAAUGGCGAUAACGCUACAAUUUCCGUGACUUUACAGGCCAAGAAAUAAGUGGUCGCCCGAAAUUUUCUGGGUUUUGUUUUUAGGAGAAGUGCAGGGGAGGUGUGGUUGUUCUAUUAUGGCCCUAGUAUAGUUUUCACCCUAACCAAGUAUUU